AUGUCUCGAUUUGGAGCCAAGAAAGGCAGAAAGCUACCCGGCGCAGAAUUCAGCUGGGAGACGGAGCCUGGCGGGGAAGCCGACACAGCGCCUACACCUCUUUUUCCUAAAUACGCCGUGCCGCGCGCCAGACCGUUGAACCCCCGCGAACAGAGACAGGUCGAUCUCUACCGUGCACUACGCGAACGCUUCCACGAUGGACCUUACUACUCCGUCCUGCAGUCGACAUCUAUAGCGGCGAGGAAGGACGACCCGUCGCGCGCGCACUUUGACCCGUUUCACGGAAUGCCUACGUACUCCGGCAAAUACCAGAAGCAGAAGCGGGACCGUCCCGAGUUGAAGGGUCGCCCGUAUGUUAUGAAAUUCUUUCCCCGUCACCUGUGGAAGACAAUCCAGCCGAAUUUCAAUCCCACCGUGGCUAUGGAUGGCUAUGUGCCGGUUGGCCCGCGUUCGGCCAUCAAGCGCGGAUUCGAAGAUGAUGAGGAAGAAGAGGAUGUUGAGGAUACCAAGCGGCAGAAGGGUGAAGAGGAGGACGAAGGGGCGGAGAAUGAGGAUAUCUUGGAUGGGGAUGAGGAGCAGGAAGAAGAGAUCGUCGAUGACGAUUUUGAAGACGAUGAGGAUGAAAUGGGCGGCGACUAUAACGCGGAGCAGUACUUUGAUGCUGGAGAUGACGAGUACGGAGAUGAUGGGUUCGCGGAUGGCGGUGGUGGAGGAGGCGAUGAAGACACCUACUAA